GUUGGGUUCAGGGUUAGCUUGUUGGAUCACUUCAUUCUGUUGCCGUAAGACAAAACACUUUCAUCCAGGGUGAGUAAUGUUAAGCUGUUAGAAAUGGUUUUGAUAAAUUGGUUUCAUAAUUUUUGUUUUUCUUGUCUCUAAUAAAGCUUCUCUAUUUUGGUAUUUUAAAUAAUCUCAGGCUAUCCAGAACUGCACACCAGGGAUGGAAAAGUUCAAGGAUAARUUCUGUGUCUUCAUCUGUUUAUGUGUGGUGUUGAUGAACGCUGCAGCAGAAAGACAAUACUUCACUUUGAACAUGAGUUACACCUGGACUGAAGCCAGAAGUCACUGCCAGGUUUGCUUCAAAGAUCUGGUGAGCGUGACUCCAGAAAACAGCCACAUCGUCGCUGGGAUGAUCAGAUCCGACCACUGGAUCGGCCUGCGCAAGAUGUACAGUUCAACCUCUAACUUCACCCUUGACUCCRCCUUCACAUCAGCUCCGCCUUCAACCACCGACAACUCCACCGACAUCCCCACCCUGUACUGGACCCGUUGGGUCAACGGAGAUCCCCUCUUUUUCCAGAACUGGUACCCAGGUUGGCCGGUGCCUAAAUUCCCGCUCCCCAAGAUAGACUGCUGCAGCUGCUCCUGCACGUGCCCAGUGCCUCCUAAAACGACUGAAACCCCGAUUCAAACCACAACCUCACCAACCGGAUCAGGAAGUCCACCGGGAGAGAACUUUACCCAAUCCAGUAUGGAUACCAGAUUUACAGGUAGCACCAACACGAGCAACUCGGGGAGCGCCACACCUCAAACGGUUUACACCACACAUUCCCCCUGGACGACCACGACACCGAAGCCGAUAGAGUCCACGUGUGAAUCCCGACCCAUGGAGCCGCCYGUUAUCCCAGAACCUUACAAAUACUACAUCGAGGACUCCUGCGUGGCCAUGCUCGGCUUCGGGCCUUGGAUCGAAAAGCACUGCUUUGAGCGUCUGCCUUUCAUUUGUUACGAAGAUCGCUUCAUGGGCGAGGUCGCCGUGGCCGACAUUAGCGCCAGCAGUGCCAAUCUGUCCUGGUUAGCAGCACCUGGUGACAUCCAGUAUUACCGGGUAGAGAUCAAAGGUGACCAGGCCUGGGUGGUCAAUGAGUCAAACCUGACCUUCAGCCUCGUCCUUUACAACCUGACCGCGGGCACCGGAUAUAAUAUCAGUGUGUUUCCUGUGAAGUGCGAGAGAGACCUCAACUCUCAGAACAAAACCUUCUACACCAUUCCCUCCACAGUGGAGGAUCUCAUUGCACCCAACAUGACAGAAACCUCCGUCACUCUAACCUGGACCAAGCCCCAAGGAAACCUGGGUUUCUACUCGAUUCRAACUGGAAAUCUUUACAAGGAAACCAAGGAUGUGCAUUUCGAGUUUGGUGGUCUGGCCCGUGGUACCUGCUACACGUUCACUGUCAUCACCAUAGUAGAUGACAGGUCCUUGCAGAGCAAAGCAGCCUACGUUUCCCAGUGUACCAAGCCCGGCGUCGUGUUYGACCUGAGAACACAGAAUAACACUUACACGUCAGUGUUUCUUCUGUGGAGUCCACCUGAUGGAAACUACACGGGCUUCUUGGUGAYGGCUUACAACAACUCUAUGGUAUUUUUUGACCAGACUGUGRGCAGUACUGCAGUCCUGGUGGGUGGACUGCCGGACGGACAGAAAAUUAACUUCACUGUGAUUACUGUGGCCAAUUACACCCUGCAGGGAAAACCCCAAAGCAUAAGCAACUACACCGCACCGAGAGCGAUCUCAAACCUGGUUUUACAUGCAACUCACAACACURUUGGUGCUUCCUGGACGUUUAUGGAGAGUACUGACGUUUACUUCUUGGCUGAGCUCAGGCUGGGCGCAGAGCUUGUGAACUCAGCAUCACAUGUAAACACACAUUCAGUACAGUUUGUUAAUCUGAAGACUGCAGCCAAAUACAGCGUCACGGUCUAUGCUGUUAUUGACAUCAGCAAAAGCAAGCCGGUGUCAGAAACCAUAUUUACUUUGCCCAGUCCUCCGGAAAAUGCCACAGUCAGGUCCAGCACAAAUGACUCCAUCACCUUUCAGUGGGAUCCACCUCUGAACGUGCACAACGCUACGUAUGUUCUCAAAAUCUCUUCUGCUUUCUGGAACACUGAAACAAGCCAUACGGUCGUGAAUGAAACCAGCUAUACAUUUACGAACCUGGUAUCAGGAACUAAGUACAAGUUUGAGGUGUACACCAAGACGGACACAAAUAGCAGCAAUCCAGCGAGCUGUUCGGGGACGACAG